AUGGGGCCCUGUCAACUCUACUUGGCUACAUCCCCGGGGAUCCUCUCGAGGCCACGGCCCCGCUGUACCCACGACGACAAGGACGAGCUGGUCAAGGCUAUGCCCAUUUUCGACGAGCGGGGGCUCGUGCCGCGAGACCACGCUAGCUCGCCGGUGGUGCUGUCCUUCGGCAACAUCGACCGCGACAAGGACUCGGUGGAGACGGAGGAGGAUGACCUCAGGAGGGCGUCGCCGCCAUCGCGUCGCCAGAUCCUCCUUGGUCUUGUAGACAAUGAUGCCACCGACAAGCCUCCGCCCGCAGCUUCCCCACACCCCGCCAGGGUGUCCAGGAGGGCAGGGUCACCUCCUCUGGCCGUGCAGGCGUCGGGUGGGGCGGCCUCUGCGGACCCCAUGAAUAUUGAUUCAUCAGGUGCUAAACCACCAAGCCCUUCCAAGCCUGCUGAAGAAGAUGAAGAUGUUGUGGUCAUUGGCACCAUGUACAAUGAACCGGGGAAUCCCACGGUGCUGGCCAAACAUUCUGUUAAGGAAGAAUUUUCAGCUGCUCACAAGGGCAAGUGGAAGCUGGAUUUGGAGAGUUAUGCUCAAUUCAAUGCUCGGGAGAUUCACGCGGGGGAUUUGAAAGACCCUCAGCGUCAUAUUGACAUCCAGCUCACUGAUGAUGAGGUCACCGAAUCUGUCAAGAAAAUGCUUGAUGAACCGGUGGCUGGUGAUGAUCCGUUCUGGAAGAGGAAAUCGCAGGAUAAACCGGCAAAGCCGCAGGACAAACCAGUGAGAGCGCCUCGCACCAAGACCAGGGUUACGAAAAAACCCGCGAAGAAGAGAACCGCCGAGGCCUCUGACAUGCCCAAUGAUGAAGAGCUCGUUGACCUGGAGUCAGAGGAUGAUGUGGAAGCUAGCCGCGCUGGUGAUGCAGAGGGAACCUCCCAUUCAUCCUCCGGCGAGUCAUCGGCCACACAACUCUCUCCCCUCAAGACUGUUCCUAGCGCCAAAGCCAGACUUAGGAAGAAGGCCAAGUUGAAUAAACCGACCGAUGAUAAUCCGGCCACUGAACCAGAGAAGACCUCAGAGGCCUUUGACCCGAAUGCUGAUACUAUCCUGGAUGAUCCGGCUGAUCUGACCAAAAAGGAAUCUCAAAUCGCCGACCUUCAAGAAAAUAUUAAGUCCCAGCAAGCAGAAACCUCCAAGGCUAAAGAGGAGCUGACCGCCGCUUUAACAGCCAUGGAACAACUAAAGGAUGGCUUUAAAAGCGAACGGGCAAAAUGGGAAACUGAGAAGGCAACUUUGCUGAAGCGGGCGGAGGAUGCUAAAGCAGCCCUUAACCCGGUAACAGAAGAAUUGACUAGCUUGAAGUGGCAGAUCAAUGCUAUGACUUCUGCUGUCUUCGGUAGCCGUGUUACUCAUCUUGGCUUGGACAUGCACAAAAAGAUGAAAGCUGCCUAUACCUUGAUAGAAUAG